GAACAAGCCAGGUGGACAAAAGUCAUUAUCUAAUUCCCGGCAGUAGGUACUUUCUACAUGUAAACAACACCCCUAAACCCCCGAUUCCAAGAAUUGUUUACGUCCAACAUUCCAUACUGAUGAGUCAUCGUUUAUCAAAGUGAGCUAAUGAGGUAAAUGCAAUCAAAGAAUUAGGUCAGUUGCAUUUUCGCGACACUUGCAAUAACAUCUCAUGGUGACAGUUCUUAAUUUUGUGGAAGUUUUAGUGAUGGAUUUUACUUCUGAAGAAAAGCUUUACUCUAUUAAUAAAAUAGAGUUUUUCGAAGAGUGGCUUAAACACGAAAAAGACAAAAGAUGUGAUCGUCUAUUUGAGUUUAUUUCAACUAAGUUUAAUUUUUCUGAUAUCACUGAAGAAUGCGAAAGGGAAAUUAAGAUGAAAUUAGCCAGCAUUUCUUCAAAAAUUGCAACGAGAUGGGUGUCUUCAGGAAAAUCAAAAGAACGUUUCCUUAAUAAGAAUAAGUUGUGGCUGGAAGGCCAGGAGAUAGAAUUUUGUGUACGAUCGACUCUACCGCAACCUUCUACCUCAACCGCUGAACUUUCUCGGCCCGGAAGGCCUAGAAAAGACUUUGAAGAUGCGUCUUUUAAGACCAAAAAACGUAGAGUUGAAGAUUUAGUACAAUCGCGAAGUGUUGGGGAACUAAUGACUGCCGCAGAGGUAGCUGCACGGUCAACUGGACAAAAAAACGUUGCCAGAGUUAUUAAAGACAUUGGUGAAAAUCCAGCUUCCGCAAGUGCGUGCUUGAACAUUCAACAAACAAGUGCUGUGCAAAGAGAUAGACCGCUAAGUAAUGACGAGGCAUUAGCGUAUUAUAUUGAUUCCAAAUCAACAACUCACUCAUACAAACAGACUAGGAAAUGGACUAUGAAAGUCGGGCAUCAUGUGUUUCCAUCAUAUGAAUGCAUUGUCAAGGCAAAAAAAGGGUGUUAUCCUUCUGAGGAGCACAUUGUUGUGACACAAUCUCGAGCAGAAAUUGAGCUUCAAGCUAUUUUGAAUAAAACAGCAGAACGCUUAAUCGAAGCUCAGAGAGAAGUCGUCACAAGUGUGCUUCCAAAUAUAAGCCCCAAUUCAUCGUUUACUCUUAUAAGUAAAUGGGGGUGUGACGGAAGUUCCGGUCAUAGUGCUUAUAAACAGAGAUUUGAGAAUAGCGAAGACACAGAUGAGUUUCUUUUUGUUUAUUCGUUUGUUCCCCUGAGGUUAAUUGACGAAGGUAACAACACUAUCUGGCAAAAUCCUCGUCCAUCAUCCACGAUGUUUUGUCGUCCAAUCAAAUUCAUUUUUGUUAAAGAAACUAUGGAAAUGACAAAAAUCGAGACAAAUAAGGUUUUGGAACAAAUAAACAACUUAGAGCCUACAUCUUGUGAUCUUGCUGGUUCUGAAAUUUAUGUUAAGCACAAGUUAUUGUUGACAAUGACCGAUGGAAAAGUGUGCAAUGCUUUGACAGAGACUCAUUCAUCGCAAAAAUGCUAUAUUUGCGGGGCUACUCCCACAAUGAUGAAUGAUGAAGGAAGGCAUUUUGACAGUAAUCAGGAUAAUUUUGGCUUUGGUUUGUCAACAUUACAUGCUUGGAUUCGUUCGUUUGAGUGCUUUUUACACAUUAGUUAUAAGUUGGAUAUAAAAAAAUGGCAAGCUAGGUCUUCCCAGGAAAAAGCAAGUGUAAAACAACGAUCAGACGAAAUCAAACAACGAUUUAAGCAUGAAAUGGGAUUAAUUGUGGACAAGCCAAAGCCUGGAUUUGGUUCCACAAACGAUGGAAACACAGCUCGACGUUUUUUUGGGAACCCUGAACUGAGUGCUCGGAUCACAGGAUUGGAUGUUACAAUCAUCAAAAACUUUGAUGUAUUGUUGAGAACAUUGUGUUCUGGUUUCGAGAUAAAUCUUGUUGAAUUCAACAAGCUUUGUCUCGAGACAAGAAGACUUUAUCUAAGUCUCUAUUCGUGGUACUACAUGCCUGCUACUGUGCAUAAAUUGUUAAUUCAUAGCACAGAAGUAGUUAAGACGGCAAUAGUUCCAAUAGGGCAGCUUUCAGAAGAAGCCCAAGAAGCAAGAAAUAAAGAUUGUCGGAGGUUUAGAGAGCAUAACACCAGAAAGUGCUCUCGACUUGUCACGAAUAGAGACUUGCUCAACAUGUUGAUUAUAACAUCUGAUCCUCUGAUCAAUAGCCUCCGGGAAGUACCAAAAAAAAAAUCGAAUAAAUUGUGCGCGGAGGUCUUAAAGCUCAUCAUAGCUCCCACCAUAGAGCCUCGUCCUCAAAUUCCAUCAAGGCCUCCACAAAAUGAGGAAGAUUAUCUUGUCUCGGAAUCAUCGGAUUGUGAAUCCGAUGAUUCUGAUAUUGAGACUUAGUUUUAAUGUAAAUAGAAAACUUUAAAUUAAUAUUUAUAUUUUUUGUACAUAAUAUGUUAAGUCUAAGGUUGUGUAUAUAUAAUUAGUGUUAAUAUUUAUAGCAAUUUAGAUAUUUUUUUCUUUUUUUCUGUUUUCGUGUAUUAUCAUUGUGUAUAUAUGAAAUAAAAUAUUUAACUACAAA